AUGUUCCUGCACUUCCAAUUUUUGGCAAAAUCUGAUUACCAGGGCCUGAAGACGGCCAUUAUCGAGGGUGACGUGGUGGGAGGCACGUGCGUGAAUCGCGGGUGCGUGCCGUCCAAGGCGCUUCUCGCCGUCAGCGGUCGCAUGCGCGAGCUCAAGGACGAACAUCAUCUCAAGUCGCUCGGCAUCCAGGUCGCAGCUGCGCAGUACGACCGGCAAGCAGUGGCAGAUCACGCGAACAACCUGGCUGCGAAAAUCAGAGGCAACCUGACCAACUCGAUGAAGGCCAUCGGUGUUGACAUUCUCGAUGGCUUCGGCUCCCUCGUCACCCCUCAGAAGGUGAAGUACGGGAAGCCGGGCGCGGCGGAGAAGACGGUGACGGCGAGAGACGUGAUCAUCGCCACCGGCUCCACGCCGUUCGUGCCCCCCGGCAUCGAAGUCGACGGCAAGACGGUGUUCACGAGUGAUGAGGCCCUGAAGCUGGAGUGGAUUCCCGACUGGAUUGCCAUUGUGGGCAGCGGCUACAUCGGCCUCGAGUUCAGCGACGUCUACACCGCUCUGGGUGCCGAGGUGACGUUCAUUGAGGCGUUGGAUAUCAUCAUGCCAGGGUUUGACCCCGAGAUCGGCAAGCUGGCGCAGAGGGUUCUCAUCACCCCUCGCAGCAUUGACUACCACACGGGCGUGCUCGCCAAGAAGAUCACCCCUGCACGCGAUGGCAAGCCAGUGCAGAUCGAGCUGGUGGACACCAAGACGCGGGAGUACAAGGAGACGCUCGAGGUUGAUGCGGCUCUGAUUGCCACUGGCCGAGCGCCCUUCACCAAGGGGCUUGGUCUUGAGAAUGUGAAUGUGUCAACAAACCGUGGGUUCGUGCCUGUGAAUGAGACCAUGCAAGUGCUCGACUCUGAAGGCAAUGUCAUUCCCCACCUGUUCUGCAUUGGCGACGCGAAUGGCAAGCUGAUGCUGGCGCAUGCAGCGAGUGCGCAGGGCAUAUCGGUGGUGGAGAACAUCAAGGGCCACAGCAACGUGCUCAACCACCUCUCCGUUCCUGCUGCCUGCUUCACCCACCCCGAGAUCAGCAUGGUUGGGCUCACAGAGCCCCAGGCACGGGAGAAGGCAGCAGCAGAGGGCUUUGAAGUGAGUGUGGCCAAGACGAGCUUCAAGGCCAACUCCAAGGCGCUGGCAGAGAACGAGGCUGACGGCAUGGCUAAGAUGAUCUACCGCCCAGACACCGGGGAGAUCCUGGGCGUGCACAUCCUGGGGCUGCACGCACCUGACCUCAUUCACGAGGUCUCCAACGCCAUGGCCACCGGCCAAACCCUCAACGUACGCACAUGGGAAGAUUCAGAGCAGUAUUUCACCAACUCUCAAGGGGCGUACUUGGGUGUGUUUGGGUCCGGAAACUCAGGCGGAUCAGGAGGAUUGGGGGGAUUGGGGGGACUAGGAGCAAAUGGUAAUGGCAGCAGUGGUGGCAUCAGCAGCAGCGGUAUGGCAGCUGGAGACACGGGAGGAGUGGUGGGAGGAGGAGUGGAGGGAGGGGAUAUUGGGGGCGAUGGCAUGCCGAUGGGGCCUCAUGUGCACCAUCACGUGACGCCUGAUGGACGGGUGGUGGCGUAUGAGACAGUGCAGGACCGACUGCUGAACUUCUUCCACGAGGCAGCAGGCACAUCUGUGGCGUACGAGACGGUGCAGGACAGAUUACUCAAUGUCUUUCGCAAAGCUGCUGGCUACAUCUGGCCCUUCUCGCACACCGUUGCCCCUCCUCUCCUCUCCUCUCCGUCAUUGAUUCCCAUCCCAGGCCUGCCUCUGCGUUCUUUCGACCGCUUCUGGGACCGGGCGGCUGGAGUGGGGCUGUCAGUGAACCUCUUCAACCCCAUUGGCACAGGCUUCCAUCUCUCCCCCGGAGGGUUGGAGUUUGACGAGCAGGUGGUUCGGUUAGGCAAGCACACGAAGCUUCGCCUGGCCGCAACAUUCAUGUUUCCAAAACACCUGCCUCUGGAGGAAGACGAGGAUCCGAUCCGAGUGCGCGUCAACCGAUUAGGAAUCAAGACGCGGCUAGCAUGA